UCGCGAUUCGUGUUCCAUGGCCGUAGGCUGUAGCAGAAUAACAUCAUCGGCCAUUAUUGUGAAUCGUGAAUUGGGACUGUCUUGCAAGAAUCUUCAGAGUUACAGUAGCAGUUCGCGUUUAUCGAGGUUUUAAUAUAAGACGAAAUAUGCACACGAUUACGGAACUUGGUGCCAGCGUUCCAGCGUUUCUAGGCAAGUUAUGGAAACUUGUCGAGGAUCCAGAAACCGACGACCUUAUUUGCUGGGCACCCAGUGGAACAAGUUUUUUUAUCCGCAACCAGGCACAGUUUGCUCGAGAGUUACUGCCGCAUUAUUACAAGCAUAACAACAUGGCAAGUUUUGUCCGGCAGCUUAACAUGUAUGGAUUUCACAAGAAAGUAUCCGUUGAAUUAGGAGGGUUGAAGUGUGACAAGGAUGAAAUGGAAUUUGCACAUCAGUAUUUCUGUAAAGGACAUCCUUGCCUCUUGGAGCAUAUCAAACGAAAAAUAGCGUCCAGCAAAAGUCAAGAUACGGCGCAACCCAUAAUAAAACCAGAACUUAUGAACAAAAUGUUGACGGAAGUAAGAAGCAUGCGUGGUCGACAGGAACACCUCGACUCUAGGUUGGGCACGAUGAAACGAGAGAAUGAAGCUCUGUGGAGAGAGCUGGCAAUGCUCAGGCAGAAGCACAUCAAGCAGCAACAGAUUGUCAACAAACUGAUCCACUUCUUGGUCACACUUGUUCAACCAUCGAGGAACGGAGGAGCAGGAGGUCUUUCCGUCAAAAGGCGAUAUCCUCUGAUGAUCGAUGAUCCCAAUCGUCAGAGAGCCAAACAAAGCAAAAUGUCAAAUGUUAAGGUCAACACAUCGCCUACAGGUCCAGUUAUACACGAGCUAGAUCCAACCGAACAAGAGUUAGAGCCAGAAUAUAUUGUUGCAGAAAUUUUAGAGCAUGGCGCCAGCCCUUCAGUCCAAAGUCCCGACCCCCGUGGCGCAUCUUCUCCAAAUGAAGACAAUAUACAGUUCACUACGUCCCCCAGUCCCAUCCACAGAACGGAAGAUGUGCAUUUGAACAGCGAUCAACAAGAUGUUGGUUGCAAAAAGAAUCGCGGCAGUAAAGGGAAGAAGCCAAAUGACUGCGUUUUGAACGCUGCCAGGAGGAAAAACAAGGUGCCCGUCAAAAUUCUGAUUCCGCCGCUGGAACAGGGCGAAAAUACCAGGGAAGAAACGCUGUAUCUUGAUGUGCCUGCGACGACUUCCAGUAGUCCUCCGCCUGAGAAAACUUUACCAGUCGAAAUUAAGAGGAACAUGAAACCCGUUCCAUUGGCUGUAGUUCGGAGUUCUAAACUAGCCGCAAUGGCUGCAAAUAUGAAGUCCUCAACCGAUUUUGAUAUUGACUUGGAUAUCGACAGCGCUGGCAGUGCAGAAGAUGACCGAAUCGUGGAUAAUGUAUCACCUACAGAAAAAUUACAGAAACUGGACGAGAUACUGCUGAUUCCUGAUACAAUUGAGAACGAUAACGAAGAUGUUAGUGAUGAUGAAGCUUACAAAGAUUUACCGAGUCAGGAAAGAUCCACUGGUAAUGAAGAUGACAACUGGAUCAAGAAUCGAGAAGUCAUCACAAAUAACAACGGAGAAGGAAGUAGCGCAGCGUCUAGCGAUUUAUCAUUGAGUUGUUUAAAUGAUCCAAUUAGGUUAGGACCUACAGAGGAAGUGGACAACCAUGUGGAAACUGUGCAGUCUGAGUUGGAUAACUUGAGAGAAUUGCUGCGAGGCGAGGGUUACAGCAUUGACGCCAAUGCUCUAUUGGGAUUAUUUGGUGCCGAUGAUCCGAUGUCGUUUGGGAUCCCAAUGAAUCCAGAACUUGACCCACAUGCGCAGAUGCAUAGAGAAAGAGAAGGAGAUGAUAUGGAGCUUAACGGAGGCGGAGAACUCAUGACAUACAAUCCUCCUCAAAAUUUCCUUGAUUUUGAUAAUGAUAUAUUUUUGGGAGCAACCUCUUCGCUAUCAUCCCCACUGAAUAAUUCGACAAACAAUUAUCAAGAUUCUUACGACUUUGAAGACAGUAAGGCAUCACUUUUAGAGUCGUUGAAUGCUGUUAACGACAACCUAGAAUCCUCUUAAGUCUUCUUCUGCGAAUUGGAGGAAAGACUAAGGGUAUCGUAAUUGGGUAAUUCAUUAAAUUACCAAUUGAUUUUGUUAUUAAAAUAUAAUAAUAAUAAUAAUAAUAACAACAACGACAGAAAAAAACAACAACAACAAUAAUAACAACAACAACAAUAAUAAUAAUAAUGCAAAAUUUAUUAUCUCUAUCAAUUAAUUGGUAACUUAAGCAUGUUUAUUAAUCAAAAGGAGGCGAAAAUAGCGAAGUAUUGAAUGUAAAUUUGUAUCUAGAAUAAACGCUUAGAAGCACGGGGUUGAAUAUGUGAGACAUUCGGUCAGAGUUCGAAGGUUUCUAUACAUGACACUAAAAAAUAUUUCUGCACUCGCAUUACGGGUUUCUGGCUAGUAUACCUAUACUUUUGUUGAACCAAAUUGCUUGAAAAUAAUUUACUUUUACGAGUAACACAACAUUUACGUAUCCUAAAUCAACGAGUCGAUCACAAGUUUAUGCUAACAAUAAUGCGAGUAUGUUUCGUCAGACAGCAGAUAGGAAUAUCUUUUUCCCCCCUUUAUUUCUAAUCAAUUUAUCAAUUUCUGUAAAAAAAAAAUCAUACACUUGGUCUGGGAAAUCAUCGACAAGUAGCAUAUUGGAUGUUAGUUUUUAAGUUGGAAUAUACUUGACUAAUUUCAUUUGUAGCAAUUAAUGACGUAUUCUAUAAUCAUUAUGAGCAUAGGCUGAUUGUGUUUUCAUCGGUUUUACGUAAUUGACUAACAAAAAAAAAAAAACAAAAAGAAAGGAAAUAACGCCGUGUUGAAAUAAAUUAGAAACAAGUUGAAUCAUGUUUCAAAUCUCAGCUUCAAUAAUAUAUCAUAAGCAGGAUCUUCCAUUCUUUCUAUGCUACGUAGAUUUUAAUAAUUACGUAUCGUGUAAUUAACAAUGAGUUUUCUCGCUUAUUCAUCUAGACUUCCGAGAUUUUCUUGUGUUCUACUAAAAUACAUUAAGCUGAUAAAAUAGUUCAUAUCAAACUUGCUUUGCACUGACUCAUACCUCACAAGCAAUAAGAUUAUUAGGUGAUGCGAGGUUUGUAUUCACUGAAAUGCAUAUUAGAUAUACAAUUAAGUAUUGUACAAUCUAGCAUUAUUUUUCUAAAUAGACAGUAACGGUUUCAAAUAAUUCCACACUUACGUACAUUUUGAGUUAAAAUGAUUUCGUUUAUUCAUUACACACAUACAUGCAGACAUUUUAGAGCAUGCUUCUUUGUUGGAAAUGUGAAAAAAAUGUCAUAAUUACUUGCUUUAAAUAUUUACACAAAACAAAAUCAUUCUCGUUAUUGUAUUUAAUUGGAAAAAGAAAUUAUUUUUAACAUGGAAAUUCAAACUUUGCCGAUCGUGCGAACUAUGAUAUUUAUUUUUAUUGCAUAAUUUAACAAAAGUUUUGGUUGCUUACGUCUAAAGAAAUGAUCGGUAAUACCAAAUGAAGAAACAAAAAAAUUUUCCAACGAAAUUUUGUCGGUACUUGAUAAUGACAAUUACUAUUUAUUCUUCAUUAACAAAAACAUUUGAAUGAAUUUGUUUUGCAAGCGUCCAACCGCAGGUGUAAAAUUUAUAAAUGUUAUUACUUGUUGAAAUGUUAUUCAAAUG